AACGUGCCAACUCAACGGAACUCUCAACUCAAGUAAACAAACACAAACAUGAGAACGAGAAACAACCUCUGUGUUUUCUUUCUUCUCUUUUCAAUCUUAGCCCUCCACGUGGCACUUUCAUCAUCCUCCACCCUUGAUUUCACCGACAACCAGCUCAGCUCCUUCUUCCUCCCGUCGGAUUCCGGCUGCCGUGGAUCCAUCGCAGAGUGUAGUCUUCUCGCCGGAGAUGAAGAUGAUAGUGAGUUUAUGAUGGAUUCUGAGAGCAACAGGCGCAUUUUAGCAGCAAGAAGGUAUAUUAGCUAUGGUGCGCUGAGGAGGAACACUGUCCCUUGCUCAAGACGUGGUGCUUCUUAUUAUAAUUGUCGGCCUGGUGCUCAGGCUAAUCCUUACCGCCGUGGAUGCAGUGCCAUCACUCGAUGCAGGCGUUGAAAUUCUUGUUAUUCUCAUUUUCUCUAAUUUAUUUUUUUAUUUGUAUUUUUUUAUAUAUAUAUUUUUGUAAUUGAUGAUCUUGAUGAUGAUUAUAGAUCUUGUUAUUAUGUACUACGAGUAAUGGUAUGCUACUACAUAUACAAGUAGAGAGAAUUUGAAGUAGUAGAGUUCAAUAAAAUGAAAUGAAAUCUGAUUGCGGUUUGUAUUUGCAAUUUAAUUUUAGGUACACGUUAUUAUUUGGUUGAGAAUUGAGAUUUGAGAAGAUUAUUACUAUAUAUGUCAUCAAUAUUUUGUGUUA